CCACCGAGGCAGAAAUCACCUGUGACGAUAGAACCUAGGAGGCGGAGGACAGGUUGGCUGUCCAAAUCGUCGCACGCGCCUUUAAACGCGAACGCGUAACGUGCACGUUAGAUUAAGUUGAUCUCAGCCCGCGCGGAGGUGAGCGCGAGGACACCGGGACAGUGAGCUCAUCCUCCAGGAGCAUGCCAGUGAUGAGCCCGGUGGUGCCUGGGAAUUGCGAGCUAGCGGCAGACGCGAGCUGGACCGUUUGAUGUUCAUCCUUGAGGUUCGGCUCCGGGCUGUUGUGUCGGGGUUGCGGGGAUAAAGGAGCGAGGAAGAGGAGUUUGCCGCCCUCCUCAUCCCCCCCUCCCCGUACCGCCUGGCACGUCGCCUGCCUUCCCUCGUUCUCUUGUCUUUUCGUGAGCUACACAUUCAGACAUUCCCCGAGCCAUGCUGUGGAUAAGGUGGCUCGUUCUGCUGCUCUGCUGGGGGGCGUCAAGCGGCGAGCAGCAGGCGGAGGAGGAGGACGAAGCCCGGACUCAGGUGUUAUCGGACUCCCCCAGAAGGCGCUCUCCUCCGCCGGUGGAGCAGCUGGACUUUGGGUUUGUCCCAUCGGCGAUAUAUGACACCCAUGCUUACUACGAGCCAGGGAGCAUAAGCAUCCUUUUCCACAUGGUCCACGCGUUUCUCUACGUUGUUCAACCUAACCCUUUCCCCAAAGAUCUUAUUGUCAGAGUCAUUCAGCAGAACAUGGGAGGAAUUAAAAUGGAAGAGUGGAGAAAGCCAGAAAACGUUGUGCUGUUGCUACAGUGGAUCCACUAUGAAGCUGGAUUCCUACUUUGUACGAGCAUUGGCAUCGUGUUUGUGGUCCUGACUCCCAUCAUAGCCACGUGUUUCUGCAUGUGUCGAUGCUGUGAUAACUGCGGAGGUGAGAUGCAUCAGAGGCAGAGGAAAAACGCAGACUGCCACAGAGGUUUCUUCACCGCCUCUCUUAUCGCCACCACCAUCUUCAUCAUCCUGGGGGUGUUUGUCGCAUAUGCUGCCAAUCACAAUAUCAGCUCUCAAAUCCGAAACACUCGGCGACUCAUUAACACCAACAUGAGAGACUUGAAGACAUUUGCUAACAACACUCCUGCGCAAAUCGAAUACCUGACAGCCCAGUACACUACAGCAAAGAACAAAGUCAUGUCAGACCUUGACAACAUUGGACCUUUACUUGGAGGUAGGAUCCACAUCCAUCUGGAAAAAGAAGUGGUUCCUGCACUGGACGGUGCUCUGCGACUGGCAGGAGCAAAAAUUGAGAAUGCCAUCAAAGCCAUGCGGGAGACCAAAGAGGCCCUGGAGAAUGUCAGCUCCUCUUUGGAAAUUCUUCAGGAAGGAAUAGGGAAACUUCAGGCGAGUCUGUCUGAGGAGCGUGCUUCUCUGUCCAACACUCUGUCUGACCCCGCAUGCACCAACGGAGCCGUGUCACCCACCUGUAACACCAUCCGUUCCACUCUGCCUCAGCUGGGAAUCAAUGCCGACUACUCCAAGCUUCCUAAUGUUGGUCAUGCUUUGGCCAAUAUCAACACUGUUUUGAGAAUAGACCUCAGCAACAUCGUUCAAAGGGGUUAUGCCUCUUUUAAUGACACUCCAAAGCUGGUCAAAGAACAAACCAGAAACAUUGUCACAGCUUUGCCACGAGUAAAAGGCAUGCUAGACAAGAUUGGUGCAGAGAUCAACGGCUUCUCCAAGAUGUUCCCAGUGGAAGCCUCACUUGCCAAUUUCACUAACUUCCUUAAUGAAAGACACCGGAGCAUUGAGGCAUUUUACCCACAGAUUGACCAAAUGGAUUUUUACAGGUGGAUUGCCUGUGUAGCAGUGCUCUGCACGAUUGUUUUGAUCCUGGCCUUCAACAUUCUCGGCCUGCUUUGCGGCUCCUGCGGCUACGAUAAGCAGGCCACCCCAACAACGCGCGGCUGCCUGUCAAACACUGGAGGAAAUCUGCUGAUGGCUGGGGUAGGCUUCUCCUUCAUCUUUUCCUGGGCACUGAUGGCUAUCGUAACAACCCUGUUUGCUGUCAGUGGAAACACGGAGAAGCUAAUAUGUGAACCUCUGGCCAACAGACAGCUUUUCAAGAUUAUAGACACGCCAUUCCUGGUUCAUCCUGAAAAGAAGAAUUUUCUUCCUGGGAUGCUCUUCCAAAAUCCAAACAUUGACUUGACUUUGGGUAGUGUUUACAGGGAGUGCUAUGAGAACAACGGUCUGUAUCACGCUCUGCAGCUGGAGACCAUGUUCAACAUCAACUCAUUCCUCAACAGAACAGUGUACAACAAGGAUCUGGCCAAACUGUUUGAAAGUGUGAAAGUGGACCUAAAAGAUAUCACCCUGCUGGAGCAGGCAGGCAGAGACAAUCUGAUGAACUUUGCCAACUCUGGAAUAGGACAGAUUGACUAUGCCGCUUUCCUUUCUGAGGUUAAUAAAGGAGUUACUCUUGUGGAUCUGUUGUCUUUCUGCGCUGAUCUGGAGGAUCAGGCUGACCAGUUGCCACGUGGAGCUCUGGAGAAUGCACUGAAAGGACAUGCCAGCAGCAUCAGAACCAUUCACAGAGAACAGGUGGUGCUUUUGGAGCAAGCAAUGAAAUAUGUCAGAGCGCGGAGCACCCUGAGCCAGAGCAUCAAGCUGCUGCAGAAGACUUCAGACGACCUGCCAGUUAAAGUGACAAAUAUCCUGAGCGCCAUUGAUGCAGCAGAGUUUCUCAUCGUUCAUAAUGCUUCCUUUGUGGUUAAGCAGGAAACAAAAAACUUCAUGCAAAGCUUAGAGGGAUAUUUCAAACAGUACACAGGAUGGGUUAAAAGCUCUCUAACAUCAGAGGUUGCUCAGUGCAAGCCCAUCAGCAACAUGGUGGACAGCAUGGAGAUAGUUGGCUGCAGCUUCAUAGUGGACUCAGUGAACACCUUCUGGUUUGGUCUGGGAGGCUGCUGCAUCCUUCUGAUCCCCAGCAUCAUCUUCUCCAUUAAACUGGCCAAGUACUACAGACGAAUGGACACUGAGGACGUGUUUGAAGAUUUGGAUAAUACAGGUAAUCGUGGUCAAGUGUUUGAUAUCCGCGGGAACGUCAAUGAGGUCAGUUCUCCUUAUGACACUCUGACUUGGUUCUCUCGGGCCUCUGCACCUCCAAGCGAAUGGUGACUCACAGGAUCGGUCCGCCUUACAGAGUGGUCAGGAGAACUGGAACUGAUGUGAUCUCUCUGAAUCUGUUCUGGAUUCAUGUUAAGACCAAAACAUGACGUACGGUAGGAUUCUGGAUGAGUGAUGACGGCAUCUCUUCCCUCCAAUUUUCACCAGCUGCCAAGCUUUGAUGUUUUCUCUCAACCACACUUGCUUCUGUAACUUUUCAUGCUGAACUUCUGCAUAUUCAGAAUUACAUGUAGAGGAUUGGAUUUAUAUGUACAACAACAUCGUCAGCUUACAUCGUCAUGGUGACACAACAUUUUUUACACUUUCAAAGCUUUUGAAAGUUUUAUAUAUUUUUACUAAUCCUUGUUUUAUAACAUGUCACUAGUAUUUUUUAGAGAUAGCUUUUUUUGGUGAAUAUUUGUAACAUAGUUUUUCAUUAUUUUUGAUUUAUCAGACGCACUUAUCAGGUAGAUGUUUAGAGGAUGGUUUGACAUUUUGGGGAAAAAAAUAAAAGACUCACUUUCAGGUCAGAUGAUUGUAUCUCAAAUAAAGUUUUAAAGGAUUUGUAUUUUCUACAAACCAAAUACAAGGUGUAAAAUGAAUUUAAGCCAGUGUUUUCUUUUGUUUUUUACCAAAGAAAGGCAUCGUCCAAAAAUGUUGAACUGUUCCUCUAAACACUAACGAGUUAACUGGCAGCUCAGUUUUGCUCUGUAAUCUUUAUUAGGAGCCCAGGAGUUUAUCCUUGUUUCUUCAAAGUGUCGCAUUUCAUUCAGCACAUCUUUUUCGGCAAAGUUUUCGAGACGGCUAACAAACAGACUUUUCAAUCUCACCUGACUGUUAGUAAGAGUGUUGUAGAUUUGACAACAGAGGUCUGAUGUACACCAACAAUGUUGGAGCUUGUGGAGAGGUUGCAGAUCUGUAAUAAAACGUCCGCCUAACA